GGAAGACCGGCGCGGCGUGCGUUGCGUGUGGGGCACGGUGGAGUUUCUUCGGUAGCGCGUUCGGCAUUUCUGCGGAAGGGUUUGAACCGAAUCUGAUCGGCUUUUCCAUCUGGGUCUCCCAUGAAAGUCAUUACGCACGGAAUCGUGUGGGCACUGUGGGACCAAACUUGUGACUGGAAGGACUUCAUUAUUUCUCCUGUAGCUACUGCAAAAUCAUUUGAUAGUACAUAGCUCUGCUGGUGGGACAUGGAACUCGAGAAUGAUGACCGGGAACCUAGACGAAGCAUGUCUCACGGCAGGACAAGCAGCACUGGUUCCUCAUUGAGACGACGCUCGUUGAGUUUGUCAAGUGUGUUUCCCAAUCAGCUGGAUGAUGACAUUGAAAGUGAGAGGGUUUCAGAGGCUGGCGAUAUCGGGGAUCGGGCUCUUAGCAGUAAGAGGUACAGUGAAAGUGGCAGUGUGCGUUUAUCUGCAGAUCAUGCUAUAGAGAAUGGAAUAGUUUUUCGAACUCAAGAGGACACCCUGCUGCAUCCAAUUGGUUUCUGGUCUCGCGAUCCAUCGAAUUUGAAUUUUGUCUCCCCUGUAUCGCCCGUGGUGGAAGAGAUCAUAUCUCCUCUAUCAACUGAUGGAAUCUUGAGGCCCAUAGACGAAAAAAAGGAUGAAGAGAAAGUGUUGCCUCAGUCAUUGGAGUAUAUAUCAUGUCUUGUUCAUCUUGCUGUUUUUGGGAUUCUAGGGGUCUUAACAAGGUAUUUACUUGAAAAGUUAUUUGGCCCUGCAGUUGCUGGAGUGACAAGUGAUACAACUAUAUUAUACCUUGAUCUUCCUUCAAACAUGGUUGGUUCUUUUCUGAUGGGGUGGUUUGGUGUUGUAUUCAAGCAAGAUAUAUCCGAAGUCUCUGACUUUCUAGUGAUUGGAUUGUCAACUGGUUAUUUGGGAAGCCUUACGACAUUUAGUGGUUGGAAUCAGAAGAUGCUUGACCUUAGUGCAGAUGGCAAGUGGCUGUUUUCAGUCCUGGGAUUUCUCAUUGGAUUAUUUCUUGCAGCCUAUUCCAUUGAAUUCGGGGUGGAGACAGCGAAGGGCUUCCGUUGGUUAAUGAAGAAGCACCCCACGAAUUCUAGCAGUGGCAUAUCUGCAAAGAGCUGGAGAGUUAACAGCCGUAAGCGUCACUUGUCUAUGAUUCUGGUGAUGGUACUGUUGUUGGGGUCAUUAUGGGCUCUUAGUGCGAUAAUGCUGAAACAUGAGUUUGGAAAUGGAGGCAGUGAUGCUCAACUGUGGUUGGGUUGCGUCGUCGGGCCAGUAGGUGUUUGGAUCCGGUGGUUCCUAGCACGACUUAAUGGGCGUGGGCUAGGAAAGACUGGUCUUUUAAAAUGGGUUCCAUUUGGGACCCUGAUUGCCAAUGUCUCUGCAGCUUGUGUCAUGGCAGCUCUCUCUACUAUGAAGGAAGCAGUGAAUACCAAGACUUGUGACACAGUUGCCGCGGGCAUCCAAUUUGGACUUCUAGGCUGUCUGAGUACUGUGUCGACGUUCAUGGCCGAGUUCAAUGCGAUGAGACAAAGCAAACACCCUUGGCGAGCUUAUGCGUACGCGGUUGCUACAAUAGCCGCCUCAUUUGGCUUGGGAAUCCUGAUAUACGAUCUCCCUGUUUGGAUAAAAGGAUAUGGGUAAGCAUGUCGAGAUGGCCUCCUCCUACUGUACUUCGGAAAACGUCUGAGGAACUCGAGAGGAGACCAGACCUGUGCACAGACAAGACGAGAGAACUCGCCUGAGUUACACCACCUAAGAGCUUUUUCAUGGUGCUUCGAGCAAGCUGCAUUAUAUGCAAGUAUGCAUUUACCCCCCAUGAUCGAGUUUUGACCUUGCACAUGUUUGAGGAGAUAGCAAAUUACUACUUACACGAAACCGAGUCGUUGUACUUCUCACUUGUGAUAUGUAUCGGAAGACCUUUGCCUGUGAUCCAAAAGAAAAAGCUUAAUGUUGACGUGA